AUGGGUCAGACCCUCUCGGAGCCGGUUGUCGAAAAGUCUUCCGAAAAGGGUGGGGAUGACAGACUCAUCUACGGCGUCUCAGCCAUGCAGGGCUGGCGCAUCAGCAUGGAGGACGCCCAUACUACCGUACUCGACCUCCUAGCCGCUAACGACACUGAUGGCACCAACAAGAACGGAGAGACAGGCGAGGACAGGCUCGCGUUUUUUGGCGUCUUCGACGGCCAUGGAGGUGACAAAGUUGCGUUGUUUGCCGGCGCGAACAUUCACAGUAUUGUCUCAAAGCAGGACACCUUCAAGUCUGGCGACUAUGCACAGAGUCUCAAGGACGGUUUCCUAGCGACCGACAGAGCUAUUCUCAACGAUCCCAAGUACGAGGAAGAAGUGUCCGGCUGCACAGCUUGUGUUGGUUUGAUCGCUGGAAAGAAAAUUUACCUGGCCAAUGCCGGUGAUUCCAGAGGUGUUUUGGGUAUUAAAGGAAGGGCCAAGCCUCUCUCCCAAGAUCACAAGCCACAACUCGAGACCGAGAAGAACCGAAUUACCGCUGCCGGUGGUUUCGUUGACUUCGGCCGUGUCAAUGGCAACCUUGCCCUGUCGCGCGCCAUUGGAGACUUUGAGUUCAAGAAGAGCGCAGAACUUUCCCCCGAAAAUCAGAUUGUCACAGCCUUCCCUGAUGUCGACGUACACGAUCUCACAGACGAAGACGAGUUCCUGUCCUCCCAAGCCGUAGUCGAAUUUGUGCGGAGAGGAAUUGCCGCCAAGCAGGAUCUUGACAAGAUUUGCGAGAACAUGAUGGACAACUGCCUUGCUUCAAACUCAGAGACUGGUGGUGUUGGCUGUGACAACAUGACCAUGAUCAUCAUCGGCUUCCUCAACGGCAAGACCAAGGACGAGUGGUAUGACGAGAUUGCAAAGCGAGUAGCCAACGGAGACGGCCCUGCCGCUCCUCCGGAAUACGCCGAGUUUCGAGGACCCGGAGUCCACCACAACUACGAAGAUAGUGACAGCGGGUAUGAGAUGGACGCGGAAAACAAGGGCAAAUCAUUUGGCGUUGGUGGGUAUAAAGGUCGUAUUAUUUUCCUCGGCGAUGGGACUGAGGUUCUUACCGAUUCAGAUGACACCGGAAUGUUCGAUAACGCGGACGAAGACAAGGACCUUGAGAGCCAAGUCUCCAAGAGCUCCGCCUCAUCGGAGGCCCCGAAGCCCGAGCCCUCUUCGGCCGAACGAAUAAUUACAGCAUCGACGACCAAGGAGGACGAAACGAAGGAUGACGCAAAGACGAAAGCGGAGACGACCGCCGAACAGAGUAAGAAGGACUAG